AUGGGUAUGCAGGAUGAAGGACCACACGCGGGCUCUUCUCUAGCAAUUGUAUAUGAUAAAAAGUGGUUCCUUACCGCCAUCUCUUCGAAGCUCCGCCCACGUUUGGGCACGCAGGCCUGGGGCAGUGUUAGCAACCAGCAGGGACCCCCACCAGCGACCUCCCUCCCGCACCUUCAGGUAGUUCUUGCCUGCCUGGCCGCCAUGGCCGUCGCCGCCCCCCAGCCCCAGGACUCCCCACCUGUGGCCAUCCUCCGCGACGACCGUCAGGACUCCGGCGACGGCAACUUCAACUACGCCUUCGAGGCCGAGAACGGCAUCUCCGUGGAAGCCUCCGGCAGCCCUGGCUCAGAGGGUCAGAGCAACAUCCAGGGCGUGUACAGGUUCCCCCUCGACGACGGCACCGUCGCUGAGGUCCGUUACGUCGCCGACGAGAACGGCUUCAGGCCCGAGUCUCCGCUGCUGCCCACGCCCCACCCUCUUCCCGCCCACGCCCUCGCACAGGUCCGCUUCGCCGAGGACCAGCGCGCCCGGGGCAUCACCUUCAAGUGA